CCUGUUGAGACUCGCGGAACUGUCUAUUGUUGAGCCGUUGAGCUUGAAUUGGAUGGCAUUUACCCCGCCCGGCUUACUGUGUCAGCCCCCUGCUUUCAAGGUUGGCUCUUGCCAAUACUUGUUUCUCAUAUUAAAAAGACCUGGUCCGGCAAUGAUAUAGGAAGGGUCACUUCAUAUUUCUGCAACAGAAUCCUCGAACAUUGUUAAUCCAGUGGUGGAGAAUCACCCAGGAACCAUCUUUCUUCUUCGCAAACAUGUCAACGGUCAACAUUGUCAAAUACUACUUUUAUAAGGGUAUGGUCCCGAAGGAGCAAGAAAGGGUCCUUCAACUGGUGGCCCUAGCGUAUCAGACAGCAAGAGACCGAAAGCUCUAUCCAAAGGCAGUUCUUAUCAGGUCAGAGGUUCAUAAUACGACCAGUAUCAAUGGCAUACGACAGAAAGACCCCUUAGGCCCGCAUGUGACUCUUUGCUACAAAGACGAGAAUCAGCUCGCUCAUGGGACUCAUGUUGCUAGUCACGGCUAUGUUCGUGGGAAGAACAACCUAGAAUUUCUACGUGCAACACAUGCGGGAGAGAAAGCAGAUUCAACCACAAAGCAGAAUGGAAUGAAGGUAAUAUGGCCACCGGAGCGUGAGCUUGAAGCUGUACCAGAGAUUGGCUAUGGGCAUUUCAUCCAUGAUUAGGGCCUCGGUAACUUGUUCGAACCAUCUUGUUUGAUUGACUUUGUGUUUUGUGAUUACUUGGGGGGAGUGCAGAACUUUGUUCAUGGUCCUUGAUUUUUUCCAUAUUUCAAUGUGGGCGACUACAACAGCACAAUUGGACCAUAUAAGUCACAAAUCACCGCCAACAAAAUCGAGAGAUCAACCGGGUCCGUAUGAUGGAAGCUUGAAUCAACCCCGCUCCAACUGUGCGAGUUGACUGUAUGCAGGGUAGCUUUUGAG